CAAAUUAAACGGCUUUCACGCUGAUUUUCGCGUUUUUCGGACUUCUCUUAACCUCAGAGACAACUGCCAAAAUGGAUAUCAUAAAGGUCGCGAAAGUCUCCAGAAUCAUCAAUGUCUCAAUUAGCCGCGUUUGGGAUAUCGCGUGGUCAUUCGGAUGCGAGGCCCUUCGGUUCCCCAGCGUCGUCACGUCAUCGCUAGAAGGCUACGGUGUGGGGCCUAUCGGACUUUAUGGCUCGACAGAAAAUCGGCCUUCAAGGGUCAGGCCAAGCCUGUCCGAGAGCGCUUGGAAGGAUGUGAUCCAGCUACUCACACAAUUCGCUAUCGGAUUUUUGACGGCAUACUGGAAGGUGGUGCUUCCUUGUUACGCUUUCCCUAGUUGAUGUAGACGAGAAAACAAGGUCCACAUGGAUUGGAGAGACGGAAUCUAUCCAGGGCGAUCAAGUAGUAGGUCCAAAGGCGGCCCUGGAACAAAUAUACCACGAAUGAAU